CAAACAACAAAGGAAAUCAGUCGAUUAUCAAGAAGAUAAUUAAAAAAAAAGUAAAUAAUACACGAAAAUUGUUAAAAUUUUUCAGUACAGAAACGAAAUUUAACAAAAUCGGAAGUCCGAACGCAGCGCAAAAGAAAAUUUUCACCAAGCAGUAACCACUUGCUGGAGUUAAUUGAAAUGAAAAAUCACGGCAGCGGAGUAGUGAAUCGGGCACGUAUCAACUCAAAAAGCCGUGCAACUCAAAAUGACGUAGAACGACAAAGUGCCAGCAGUGGCGAAAAUUCGCGCUGCGAAAGUGACGAGGAAUACGUGAACAGUAGAAGUGCGACGGCGGGCGCUGCGCAGCCAAGGUCAUCAGCAACUGCAUUUGCCUCGCAAACGCCAACAACUGCUUCGAUUGGCAGUGGCAGUGGCAGUGGCAAUGCAGGAAUCAUGGUAUCACCACAUAACACGAAUAUAACCAAUUCCGGAGACACCAGUGAAUUCGUAGAGAUGCCCGCAUCAUCGACAUGUGUCGAAGGCGUCACUCCAAUGUCCGUCUACAACGAAGAACGUAUGCGACGCAAGCUGCAAUUCUAUUUCAUGAAUCCAAUAGAGAAGUGGAAGGCGCGCGGAAAGUUUCCAUAUAAAUUCGUGGUGCAGGUUGUCAAAAUAGUUUUAGUAACGAUGCAAUUAUGUCUGUUCGCGCAUUCUCGAUAUAAUCACAUAAAUUACACAUGGGACAAUAGAAUUGCAUUCUCGCAUCUUUUCCUCAGAGGUUGGGACUCCUCUCGAGAGGUGGACUCCUAUCCACCAUCCGUUGGUCCAUUUGCUUUAUAUGAAAAACAGGAUUUUUUCGCUACCAUAGACUAUGCAGUAGUUGGUUAUUCUGCGGUUAAUCGUUCCAUUGGUCCUUACGAUUAUCCCACACCAAAUAAUGAAAUGGCUUCAAUGAAACUGUGCCUUUACAAUUACCGUGAGGGAACUAUUUUUGGCUUUAAUGAAUCGUACAUAUUCAAUCCAGAGAUUGAAAUGCUUUGCGAAUCGUUGCCACCAAAUGUAACAACGAUCGGCGUGGAGAAUUAUUUAAAACAACGUAAUGUGGAAGUGAGCUUCUCUUCGCUUGUCAAAGCCACACUAGUUUUUGCUAUUAAAACUGUGAAUUUCAAAGCGUACGGUGGACCUUUAUCUGCGCCUGAUUGUUUUAAGUUUGAUAUAACUAUUUUCUUUGACAAUCGCGAUCAUGAUGGACAAAUGAUGCUGUCCCUGGACGCAGAUGCCACACGUUUACACUGUAAAGGCGAUGUAGAUUUUAUUUCCGAUGCUGAGUUCGACGCAAUAUUGCGAAGCAUUUUGAAUAUUUUUGUGCUACUCGUUUGUUUAUUAUCCUUUGCACUUUGCGCACGAGCACUUUAUCGUGCUUACCUAUUACGUUGCCAGACCGUCAACUUUUUCCGCGUGCAUUUUAAUAAGGAAUUAAGUUUUGAUGGGCGCAUAGAGUUUGUUAAUUUCUGGUAUAUAAUGAUACUCUUCAAUGAUGUGCUGCUCAUACUCGGUUCAGCGCUUAAAGAACAAAUUGAAGCUAAAUAUGUCGUGGUGGAUCAGUGGGAUACUUGCUCAUUAUUUUUAGGCAUUGGCAAUUUGUUAGUUUGGUUUGGUGUGCUACGGUAUUUGGGAUUCUUUAAAACCUAUAAUGUAGUAAUACUCACAUUGAAAAAAGCAGCACCAAAAAUUCUGCGCUUCCUAUUAGCUGCUCUGCUAAUAUAUGCUGGGUUUGCAUUCUGUGGUUGGCUCAUACUUGGACCAUAUCAUAUGAAGUUCCGUUCAUUGGCAACAACUUCCGAAUGUCUUUUCGCACUCAUCAAUGGUGAUGAUAUGUUUGCUACAUUUGCCACACUCUCCAGCAAAUCAAGCUGGUUGUGGUGGUUCUGUCAGAUUUACUUGUACUCAUUUAUAUCCCUGUAUAUUUAUGUGGUGCUAUCAUUGUUUAUAUCCGUCAUAAUGGACGCUUAUGAUACGAUUAAAAGAUAUUAUCGGGAUGGUUUCCCGAUUUCGGACUUAAAAGAAUUUGUGGGUACAUUAUCUGAAGAUGAUCUCACAUCCGGUGUAUUUAUGAAUAAUAUGGAUGAUUUUGAGCAAAGCAGUUUUUCCGAUGUAAUGCGUAAAAUGUGCUGUUGUGGCGGGUGUCGUGAGUCUACGCGGCCCAAUAGUGGACCCACUGGUUAUACCAGUUUGACGAGUAUUAUUAAAUGAAAACGGUCACGAAAUGUUAGAGAUGAUCAGGUUAUUUUAAGUGCAGGUUAGUUGCAUUUUUAUUGCGUUGUUUUGUGUUAGUUCAUUGUUUAGUUUUUGAAUUUAGCGUUGUUGGUAAAACAAUGUUUUUUGUAUCUUUGUUAUUUGUAAAUUUCGUUAUGUAUUUAGUAAAUUAACCGAAUAUGAAAAAUUAUAAUUACCAAAGUAUUUGUUUUUUUUUCGUAAAAGUUAUUAUAAAUGAAAGCCAACUGCUUAAGACUAAAAGCAAGCAUGCCUCAAUAUUUAAUAAGAGACAAUAUACGACAAUACGUAAAAUUAUAUAUAAAUAAAAAUUGAUAGAACGUAAUUAAUAUAUUUAAUUAAAAUUAAAAAAAUAAUGAUAUGAUAUAUAUAAUGAUGCAAUAUUUCGUAUUGCGACCAUCUCUAUUAAAAAAAUUCUUCUUAUAUUACAACCUAAGGUUUUUAAAACAAAAUCUGUUAGAAGUUUUCUACUCUCCCCAAGCUUUUAGUUCUUUGGCGUUAUUUCCAAUGAAAAUAAAUCGUAAAAAAAUAUAUUUAUAUGUAGUAAAAAAUAGUAACUUUUUGUGAAAAAAAAAAUUGUAAAUAGAAUAUUAAUUUCAUUUAUAUUGUAUAUUCCCACCUUCUAAGUUUUGUACCUCCCUUUGAAAUGUUGAAUAUAUAGAUAUCUCACAAUUAAAUACCAAACAACAGAAUUUAAUAAUUAAAUGACAUCAAUAAAUAAAUAAGUAUUUAUGUAAAUAAAAAAUAAAUAAAUUAUAAAAUGCAUGUUUUGUGCAAAUUUUUAUAUGUAAUUAAGUACGUAUGAUAUUAUAAGGCAUAUAAUGAUGAAAAUAAAAUAUUUUAAAAAGUGUGUAAAGUGAAGAACAAUAAUAUUGUAACUGUUAUACAAAAGAUAUUGAAAGAUACUUCCAUAUUCAAUUAUAAUCUAUAUAAUAAUAUUAAUAUAAAAAGUAUAAAUAAUGGCAAA